UGAUAAGAAGCCGGCGUUGCGUCGAUGACAACAACUUCGUCCACUGCCAGGCUCGGGAGGAAGUUGGUGGAAGUUAGCGGGAAACUCUUGCACAACAACCCCGCGCGCCGGCUCCACGUAGGGUGGCGGCGGCGGCGGCGAAUCUAUCUAUCUUUCUUUCUUUCUUUCUUUCCCUCAGGCAGUCGGCGCGAACGAGAAGCAGUUCGCUGGUUUCGAAACCAAGCAGAGUUUCGCCGCGGGCCUUUCGCCUCCUACAGCCAAGAGCCUGAUGAGACGGUAGCAAAGCGCUACUCGUUAAGGUGCCUUUAACAGGGGUGAAGUUUCUCUUUCAAAAGCAAACAGAAACGCCGUUCUGUCUGUCGUCAGGUGCUUUUAUUUUAUUUUAUUUUGUAUUUUUAACUCUCUCCUCCCAAAGCGCACAUAAUCUGUUUUAGGGGAAGGAAGGCUCAGAUGCGAAGGCAAGCCGAGUAUGAAACCAGAGUGGGUGGUAGUUAUUCUGGACUGCUUAAUUUGAAACAGAAGGGGGUGUGAGAUGUUCAGAAGCAAGAAGGAGGUUUGGCAAAAACAUCUGGAAGGUGCUCAGACUCAAGACAAUGGUUUUUAACAGAGCUGACAAGCGCCGGGAUUGGCUUGUGGUCCUCCGCAUUUUGUUGCUGGCCUGACAUUUUUUCUGCAAGUGACAAGAUGGCCCACUGCUUCCAUUUCUUUACAAAAGCUGAGCAAACAGGCCCCGUUUGCUCUCCUUUCAACACUAGGGAUGGGGGAGCAUCCUCCGCUGCAUCUGAAGGCAAUGUGUUAGAUAAAGGCAGAGAUCCCCAACCAUUUUGGAAAUCCAUAUUCUCAGCCAAAUACCCAUUUCACAGAAGAAAAACUGGUGAUGCUCGGAGCCACCACCCCAUCAAAAAAAGAAAAGCAACCCAUUGGGUAAAACACUUGCAUAUAACCCAAAUCAUAGAAGACAAAGGUGAAGAGCGGGGGGGGGGGGACACACGGACAAACAUGGCACCCCUCCCAAAAAACAGGUCAUCAAAUAAACAAAGCCACUUUAACCCACAUUUGGUAUCAUACCCAAUUUGUCAUUAACUAUAUACCAUCAACUCUUCAGACUGAACAGAUUUUCUAUAGGCGGUGAUAUUUUUCCCAAGUAGUAGGGGCAAUCAAGUGUGAUUGCUUAUUCACAAUAGUCAUGGGAAGACCAUACCAUGUGAUAUUUCUGAAUAUGUUUUUUGGCUUCAGAAUCAGCUUUUGCGGUCUUGAUUAAACUGAUGACUUCUAGAACAUGGCUCAGGCAGAUGGUCCCUUGAGAUCCACCCACAUCAUGCAUGCCACUGAUACCCGUAUGAUUCUAACCAGACACAUUUCUGUUAAUUCCAUCCCUUGCUUCACACUCACUGGGGGAAAAUGUCCUCUCCUUUUGAAAUCAAUUCCACUGACAAUGCUCUCUAUAACCUUACUGUUUGUUCUUCUCACUAUGCUACAUGGUAGUCACCUACCUCUAGUCACCUACCACCCACCUUGAUGAUCUCCCUUCACCUAUCUACAAUCUGUUCCAUAAUUUGAACAUGUAUCAUGCCGUAACCAGAAGCAAACAGCUGGUUCAUGAAAGGAUAAGACACAGAGAUUCCUUUAUUAGUAAAUGGACAACUUUUCAAAAAAAACAUAAUGUUUACAACUGACUUCUGAAGAAAUCUGUUAAUCUUUAACAAAAUAUUUUAGUCAAAAAUGUUUAAAACCAAGAUAGAGUAUCAUCUCGAGUAUAAUAGAUGCUGUACACACUAAAUACUGCACUAACAAGACAUACUGCAUGCAGUUUCCACAAAUGAUGCUGCUACCUAAUAAUAAUAUGAAUAACAACUAUAUAUAUAUAUAUAACAGAAAUAAUUUAUAAUAAUAUAAUAGUAAUUUGUAUCUUAUUUGAAUGGCCUAUAGUUUAGAGGUUUAGCUGGUUGAAGGCUGAGGCUAUAUUUGUUCUUAAACUUGUUUCAGCAGAGCUAUGCUUGCCUUAGGAUAUAAAGCAGGAUUUAGAACACAUUUUCAGAGACCACCUUCAUCGGCCCCAGCUGCAACAAAACAUGUCUAUCCCAUAUUGGUCUCUACAGCCACAGCAGGCGCUGUAACUCUAAUGGUUUGACCUCACCCGCAAAGGUGCACUCCUCCUUUGCCUCCCAAGGUAGAUGGAUGCCAACCAUACUCCUUAACUUUUGUGAAUGCGAAUAUCACUAGUAUGCCUCUAGUAAUACCAGUCAUUGGGGAACAGAAAUUGAAGGCUAUGGCGGUUGUUGGCCACUGUAAUAACAGAAUGCGGAACUAAAUAGACUUUUGGUCUGAUCCAGAAUCUAUGCUUCUUAUGUUCACUCAGGUAGAGCCCAUUCUCUCCUUUGCUAGGGAGCUACUGUCCACCUUAGAGAGCAGGCCUACAUACUGUCUAGAAAACAGAGUGAAGGAGAAAUCCUGAGUUAUCAUGCCACACAAAUAUGGUCCGUGUAGAGUGGGGGAAAGUGAGGAAGGUAUUCCACUAUAUAAAGAGUUUGGAUUUUUUUUUUUUUUAAUAUCCCGCCUUUCACUCCCUUUAAGGAGUCUCAAAGUAGCUAACAUUCUCCUUUCCCUUCCUCCCCCACAACAAACACUUUGUGAGGUGAGUGGGGCUGAGAGACUUCAAAGAAGUGUGACUGGCCCAAGAUCACCCAGCGGCUGCAUGUGGAGGAGCGGAGACGCGAACCCAGUUCCCCAGAUUACGAGACUACCGCUCUUAACCACUACACCACACUGGGAACAGUACAUAAAUAAUCCAUGCCCUUCUUCAGAAUGAGACAGUAGGAGAGUAAAUAAUGCUAUUUGCUUUUCAAACACAACCUGUAUCAAAGUUAAUGUACAAACUACAAUAGGAAUAGACCUGGCAACCACUUUUCAGGCAUGUGGAAUUGUACGCUGCAACUGUUUGCUACUACAGCUGAGCAGUGGCUGUGGAAUGGGGACUCAAUAUGAAUUCUAGAGGUGCAGGCAUGUGGGCUAAGAUGACAUUUAUGGAAAACAAAAUGGCAGUCGUUUCCCCAUCUGAUGUUCAGAACUUGAAAGAUUAUUUCCCAUAAGCACCGAUACCCCUAGCUAUUGUGAGGUAUGUAAAAGUUUGUUGCAUUUUCCGCACCAAAGUGACUUCUCUGAGGUGCAAAUCUGGGCAGUGUAUAUGGAGAUCCUGGGCUGCCUGCCUCCUUUCAGCCUCGCUGAUGUGGUCCAAAGGAAAGCAAUGCUAUACAUUUUGCACCAGCUUGGCUGCAGUAGUAGCUGCCAUCCAACCACCUUAGAGACUCCACUUCAGAUGUAUGCAGGGUUUACUCCUUAGCCCAGGGGACAGCAAGCUUUACCUCACUUUAGCCGGUUCACUCUAGCGGAGAUCCCUCUGUGGGCCGGAUUGUGCGCGCGCCUGUGAUUUCCGGCGUCUGUGCAGAUGCGAUUUCCGGCAUUUGCGCAUGCACAGAUGCAAUUUCUGGCACCGUGGAAGCAAGUCCCCGUGCCACGCUGCACCAGUUUAGUGCAGUGCGCAGGGACUCGCCGAGUGGGCAGCUCAGUUUGGGGGGUGGCUUGUGGGCUGGUUAAACAAAGAAGAGAAGAACAAGAGUUUGGAUUUGAUAUCCCGCCUUUCACUCCCUUUAAGGAGUCUCAAAGCGGCUAACCUUCUCCUUUCCCUUCCUCCCCCACAACAAACACUCUGUGAGGUGAGUGGGGCUGAGAGACUUCAAAGAAGUGUGACUAGCCCAAGGUCACCCAGCAGCUGCAUGUGGAGGAGCGGAGACGCGAACCCGGUUUCCCAGAUUACGAGACUACCGCUCUUAACCACUACACAACACUGGCUCUCAAACGACCCACGUGGGCCACGGCUUGUGGCCCAUGGGCCUUAGGUUGCCUACCCCUGCCUUAGCCUUUUCUUUUCCUGAAGACGUUCCGCAAGGCAGUGGGUAUGGAUUUCUCCUUGGGGUUUAUUCUUGAAGCCUUUUUCACAAUUCGUUCCGGAGGUCCGUACUUAACCUGAAACUGUUCUUAACCUGAAGCACCACUUUAGCUAAUGGGGCCUCCCGCCUCCGCCGCGCGAUUUCUGUUCUCAUCCUGAAGCAAAGUUCUUAACCUGAAGCACUAUUUCUGGGUUAGCGGAGUAUGUAACCUGAAGCGUAUGUAACCCGAGGUUCCGCUGUAUAGCUAUAAGGCACUGGAGGUUUAGGAUCAGAGUUUUCCAUCUACAUGGGCUACCUUCUCAGGUUGACGAGCCCUAUCUGCUCCUCAUUUCCCUCUACAGCUCGUGUAGAAACCACCUUCUUGACAGUUGGACCCAGUAUUGAUCUUGUCUGCUCAGUCUGCCAGAGUCUAUCUUCACAUGCAGGGGAAUCCCUUAACUUACCAAGGGUUUGAGAUCCAUCCGCUAUCCUCACCUGGUUUAGCCAGCCAAUCAAAGCUGUUCCCGGGGUGCGACUGCUGUUGCAUGCUAACAGCUUCUAGGAGCCACAGAUGAGAGGGUGGGGGACCCUCAUCAAAGAUACUACCCACCCCUAACACCCCAAUUUAAAAACAACAACGACAAAUUCAAAUACAUUGGGAUUUUUUUGUAAUUUAAAUUGAACAUAUAAUUGGAACAUUGCUCUGAAUCUUGUCUUGCCAUGAAUGACGUUUAUUUGCCUUGCUACUAAAAUGUGAAAUGGGCUAAGUUAUGUUUCCGGUUUUCCUAGCUGAUUUAUUACAAUGUUCCAAGAUGCCAGUAGAUGAAUUAAUCUCAAUUUGGAACACAUCCUCUCUGAUGAGAAAAUAGCCUUUCAAUCUGAUCUGUGUUUACUCAGAUUUUGCCAUUUCUUUCAGUUUCAGGUCGUUAGGAUUUGAGGAACAAGUAGGAUAAAUGUUUUCAGUAUUGCAGGAAUUAAGAGUCCGAAUGACCCAAGCUUGGGGCAGGGUGGGCUGAGAAAGAUGAGAAAGCUGAAAUCCCCUUCAAACCUUCUUCCUCUGUAAAAUCCCCAAUUGGGAGUUGCUACAGACUCAUUAGUAAGCAUUUGUUCCCAACAAUCCUGAGUCAAACUGGAUUGCUUGCUUAAGUUUCUCCAAAAGCCUGUCAUAACUGCCUUCAUUCUGCUUUCUAGGAUGCCACUAGCCAGCACUAUUGCACUCAACCAGAAACAAAGCCCCUUUUGACCCUGCAAAAAUGUAUAAUGUGGCACAGGAGAAACCUGUGCCCCACAUUCAGUGCUUUUCAGAAUAAUCCUAUGCAUGUUUAUUAUUUAUUUCUUUAAGGGUUGCCAGAAGGCAACUCUCUAUCUCGACGUUUCCCAAACUUGGGUCUCCCGCUGUUUUGGGACUACAAUUCCCAUCAUCCCUGACCACUAGUCCUGCUAGCUAGGGAUGAUGGGAGUUGUAGUCCAAAAACAGCUGGAGACCCAAGUUUAGGAAAUACUGCUCUAUCUGAAGGGGUCAUCCACUUGAAAUUCAAGUAUUGCCUUAAGAUAAAGAACCACAAGAAAAUAACAGGGGCCUGGACAUUACCUGCACAACAGACUGAGCCAGGCACACAGGUCGCUUGUUCAGUUUCCCCCACUACGUUGAGAUGUAUCUCUAUUUAAAGGUAAAGGUACCCCUGCCCGUACGGGCCAGUCGUAUCCGACUCUAGGAUUGUGUGCCCAUCUCACUUAAGAGGCCGGGGGCCAGCGCUGUCCAGAGACACUUCCGGGUCACGUGGCCAGCGUGACGAAGCUGCUCUGGUGAGCCGGCACCAGCGCAGCACACAGAAACGCCGUUUACCUUCCCGCUAUAAAGCGGUACCUAUUUAUCUACUUGCACUUAGGGGUGCUUUCGAACUGCUAGGUGGGCAGGAGCUGGGACCGAAAGACGGGAGCUCACCCUGCCGCGGGGAUUCGAACCGCCGACCAUGUGAUCGGCAAGCCCUAGGCGCUGAGGUUUUACCCACAGCGCCACCCGCGUCCCUGUAUCUCUAUUUAAAUUAUAGCAAUUGCUUCUAAAACUGCAUCUAUACCUAUACACUAGCAAAUUCAAUGCAAAUCAUUGUUCUCUUUUGUGGCACUGUGUAAAUGGCCACCCUAUCCAAAGGAAACGAAACCCAGUUGUGUCACUCCUUGGUUUCCCGCUGUUUGGGGACUGGGGCAGGGAGAAGCCUACGAAUAUUAUUAAUGAUGUCUUCCUUUUGAGUUCUUAAGCUGCCGUGUUAAUAUAUCAAGCUGAUUUGAGGACUACAUUCUAUUCUUGCUGGCUUUUCUUCACUUGUGAACCAGAGCCAAGGCCUUUUCAACACUGGCUCCAGCAUGGUGGAACACUCUGUCUCUUGAGACCAGGGCCCUGCUGGAUCUGAUGUCUUUCCACAGGGCCUGUAAGACAGAGUUGUUCCGCCUGGCCUUUGGCUUGGAUCCCCUGCCCCUCAUUCCUUUUUCCUUUCUUGACUUGAUCCCCUCCCCCUCAUUCCUUUUUCCUUUCUCCUUCUGUGAUGGAACUCAUAUUUGGGGACUUCCCUGGCUUUUUUCUGGCCCACACUGGACCAUUCUGGAUAGUUGGCCUUGGUGAAGAUUUGAUGUUUUCAUCCCCAAAAGUUUUUGAUUUGAGUUUCUACUGAAAUGAGGCUACAUUUUAAUGUUGUAUUUUAACCUUGUUUUUAAGUUGUAUUUUAAUCAAUUGUUUUUAUACCUGGUGUUAGCCACCCUGAGCCCGGUCUUGGCUGGGUAGGGCGGGGUAUAAAUAAAAUUUAUUAUUAUUAUUAUUAUUAUUGUGUAUUGAGGUAACCUGUGUUGCUUUUCAGGAGAACAGGAGAACAUCAAGUGCAUCUGAUGAAACAGGGCUUUCCCCAUGACUGGCAGAGUGAGGCAGCUGCCCUCAGGCAGAAGAUAUGGAUGAGCAACAGUGAGGUGUUGGAACUGGGUGUGCCACAUGACUUGCCCUGCAAUCUCCGAACUAAUGUGCUGCACUCAAGUGUGCUGGAGGACACUCAGCUACAGAGUGUUGAAGUGAGUUUCCGCUGAUGUGCAGGUCAGCUUCAGUAUUUGGAACAGAGAGGUGGUGGUGGUGAGAAUCUCUGCCACCCCUGUUUGUGGCAUUGACAGCUUAUAUACACAGCAAGGCUAAAAUCCUAAACACACUUACCAGGAAGCCACACCAUUGGCUACAAUGGGAAGAAUUGAACAUAGCCCUAUGGCAAUCAUUCCAACAGCGGAAGCUUUUCAGCCUGUCAGGUAAAACACACACACACACACCCUUGUGUGCUGGGGAUUCUCUUGACCCCCCAGAUCCAAUUUUUCAUGGGCACAAGGGGAAUGCCUGGGAGGGGGAAAAGCCAUGUUGUGCUUGCAAAAGUAAUAAAAUCAUAGAAUUGUGGAGCUGGAAGGGACCCCAAUGGUCAUCGAGUCCAACGCCCGCAAUACAGGAAUCACAGUUAAGUCCUUGUGAAGUCUUUUGCUAGUGGGAUCAGUUCGUUGAUCCCAUCCAAUGGCACUUACAACUUUUGAGUAAGUAAUGCAUAGGAUUGCACUCGCAUCAGUUACUUUUUCAAGUGCUUAAUUUCCCUUCAUUUCCCACCUCUCCUCCAAGGGUCUCAAGGUGGGCUACAUGGUUCUUUUCUUCAUGCUAACCCCGCCCCCCAACAACAACCCCAUGAGGUCGGUUAGGCCAAGAGACAGUGAGUGGCCCAAGGUAACCCAGUGAGCAUUGUAGUCAAGUGGAAAUUUGAACACUGGUCUCCCAGCGCUCUAACCACUACACCACACUGGCUCUCCACUGGCACCUUGGGGGUUGUUUUUUUCCUGGCAGGAUACCCGUGCUUCUAAAGCUGCAGGACCUUGCACUUUUAAAAGUGCCUUUCUCUCUUUCCAAAAAUGCACGUACUUUUGCUGACACCUUUCUACAGAUCACAUUUAUUUUAAGAAAUACACAUUGCAAUAAUUGCCUCCUUUGUGCUAUGUUUUCUGUGCUGGAUUUUUGCAAGGACUGUUUUGUCAUUUGCAGAUUUCAGAAAGUACCGAAGUAUAACAUCAUCAUCAUUAUUUUUUGCAUGGCUGUUUUUGUCAUGUGCCAAGUGAGUGGUUAUUUUGUGUGUGUGUGUUGGGCAGGGGAGAGCUCGGAUUCUGCAUCCCAUGGUGAGGCUCAUUCAUUGAUUUGUGUGGGAAUGGAGCACGGUCAGCUUCUCCCAUAAGGAAUUCAGCAUCUGGCUGGGAUGAACCCAUAUAGAUCCAAUUCUUUGUGUUGCUUUUAAAAGCCAUGCCAUGAGAGAGCGCUUAUGUGGCUUAAAAGAGCAAUGACUCACCCCUCUCCCCCUCCUGGUUCCCAUGAAGUCAGAAGUCACUUCUGGUGCUAAUAUUGACAACUGAAAAGAGAAAAGGGCCAGCGAACAAAGCUCACAUGACUGCAAUGGACUCUAGGUACACUGAGAAAAUUCACACACAGAUGCCUAUGCUGCAUGCUGCUUUGUCUUCCCUGAUUCCCAAGAGAGCUGGGCAUUUAUUACAACAGGCCUCCAAGGUAUCAGCUACACAAGCUUUGCUCCAUUUGCAGCAUUAUUUUGGUGCCUCUUGGGACUGCAUCCAUCCCUGUAUUCAAGUAAACAGACCCAUCAGCAAUUUUCUUCUUCUUCUUCUGGAGACUGAUCCUACAGAUAAAGUUCAGCAUUGUCACCGGUGCAACAAUAGGAAAGAAACCAAUUAACAUAAGACUAAGGAAAAGACUGGGUUUAUUUCACUUGUCCCAGCCAUUGUAAAGAUAAGCUGAAUUGGUUUCUGGGAAAUGUAUUUACAUUUAUUUCUAUGAUUUAGGACUCACUUUUUCUUUAUCGGUGUGCCCAAAGUGACAUACAAAUUAAAGUUUAAAAAAAAAACUUUCUAGAAAAAAUAGUAGGACACACACACACAACAUUAAUAAACCUUAAAAUAUGACAACAGUUAUUGUUUGAGAGACUAUUAAAUCAACAGUGGCUGGUGAAAGUUUUUCAGAAUAAAUUUUCCUCUUCCUCUGUUGUUUCUUUCACCUGUAUUGAAUUUUAGAUUGUAAGUUCCUUGAGGCAGGGACUAGUCUUCUUGUAUUGUCAGGCAGCCUGUACAUGAGUAUAUAUUAAGUAAUAAUCAAUAAUGUCUAAAGUUGCAAGGCAAAGAGAAAAGGUGGUAAAUUGUUGUUGUCACCAGAAUGUCCCAGAGUAGGUUACAACAACAGCAUUAAAAAAUUUCAAACAAGUUACCGUCACAACUAGAAUGUGUUCUAUAGAUAGAUAGAUAGAUAGAUAGGAUAGAUAGGAUAUAUAGUAGAUAGAUAGAUGAUAGAUGAUAGAUAGAUAGAUAGAUAGAUAGAUAGAUAGAUAGAUAGAUAGAUAGAGCAAGCAUCAAAGCAUGGGGUAAAGAGGUGCAUCUUCAGCAUAACAAUGGACAAUAUGUAACAGCUGAACAAUGAAGGUGCCAGACAUAUCCCUUUGGGGAGGGAAUUCAACAAAUUAGAGACUGCCGCAGAGAAUGCCUUCGUGGUCCCUUCCAACUCUACAAUUCUAUGAUAUGAUUCUAGGAUUAUACAAAGUAAUAAUAUAAUAUAAUAUAAUAUAAUAUAAUAUAAUAUAAUAAUGUUAUUGUAACAACACAUAAAUAUGCAUGUCUGGAAAAGAUACACCUGCUUGAUUUCUGGGUGUCAGGCUGUUAAAAGACACAGAAGCACCACGCCAAAAAGGAAACUUAACAACUUUAUGUCCCCUCAUAUUUGUUCACCAUUAAAUGCCAGGCUACAUCAGAACCUGAGGUUGGGAAGAAGCAAAUGAGUAGCCAGGCCCAUAAAAACAAGAUGCAUCUGUAAGCUGGAAAGGCAUACGCCAGUAUUUGCACAACUGCUGCAAAAGCAUUUAAAGGACCAAGAUGUUAAUCUCAUUAUAAAUUGGUUGGUACAGCAUUUGGGGUACACAGUUCCACCCUCCCCCCUUUUGCUGAAAUUCAAAUAUAUGGCUAUGGUGAUAAAACUAACUGUAAAGAAAGGUGGCCAUUGUUUAACAAAACAACAAAUGUGGAAUUCUUAUCACCGGUUAACAACUUGCUUUUCAACACCUCACUGCGGACUACUGUGCAAAUGUUGACCGGCGCAUGAAACUUGACAAAAAUCCUGACUUAUUAUCCCUUUUCUGGUCUCCCACCACUGACUCUAAGGUAGGUAAACAUUCCUAUAAAAACACAGAUGUUGAACAUUUUUGUUAAUGCUAUAUUUCUGAAAUAUGGUCUGGACUGGUAAUGUUUGCCCAAUUAAAAGCACUAAAUUAUAGCACCACAUCAGUGCUAGGAAUGUUAACAGCGUGACACAAAAACACAAGGUAGUGCCAUGUAAUGCCUAACCAAAGCAGUUGAAUUCUUGAAAGGAAGUUUUACUAGCUGCUAAUUCCAAGUUUCGAUUCCUUGCAUUUGCUGUUCAAAAAUAUAUAUACUAAUGAAAAUAGGCCUCAAAGAGCCCUCUUCUGCAAUGAUUUAUGCGUUCGGCUAAUGUCUCAUGCUGUGAGUAAGCUCCUCUGAAACCAAUAGGGUUCUUCACAGUGUGUAAAGUUAAGCUUGCAUAAAUCAUUUGCAGAAUGAAAAACUGGAUAAAGGAGCGCCACUAACUCGGAAUGCAAAAGCCUAUUGGAUAUUGUAGUCGAUCUAGACGAAUAUGAAAGUUGGAAGAAAAUUGCAUUGCAGCUUAUCUGCUUGGAACUGGAUCAAAAAACAGUCAAGCAGUGGUUGUUCUAUAUAGAGUACAUAACAGCAGCAGUCUACCCCUUGAGGUUGUGGGGUUUAAAAUAUAUAUAUAUAUAUUCCAGCAUUUGUAGCCACCUUUCAGGGCUAUCCUUCUCAAGGCAGCUGGAAACACAUCAAAACACAACUGAUAACAACAUAUAAGGAGCAUGGAGGUUGGGAAAGACCUGCCCACCCUUUCCCUGGCUGCCCUACAACCUUUGCAUCCCUGGGUCUUGGCAGAAUCCGCAAGGAGGGGGAGAGGCAGCAGCAGCACCUGUGCUCAUUUGCUGCCAUCUAGCUACUUAAGGGGUGUGGGUGGCACUGUGGGUUAAACCACAGAGCCUAGGACUUGCCAGUCAGAAGGUCAGUGGUUCGAAUCCCCGCGACGGGGUGAGCUCCCGUUGCUCAGUCCCUGCUCCUGCCAACCUAGCAGUUCGAAAGCACGUCAAAGUACAAGUAGAUAAAUAGGUACCACUCCAGCAGGAAGGUAAACGGCGUUUCCGUGCCCUGCUCUGGUUCGCCAGAAGCGGCUUAGUCAUGCUGGCCACAUGACCUGGAAGCUGUACGCCGGCUCCCUCGGCCAAUAAAGCGAGAUGAGCGCCGCAACCUCAGAGUCAGCCACGACUGGACCUAAUGGUCAGGGGUCCCUUUACCUUUUAGCUACUUAAUAAGGACUUGCAGUGCAGCAGGAUAACACAGGAAGGGGAGGAUCCUUGGGGUCUGUAGUGAGGACAUUACCCUUUUCUCUUUGUUUGAAUUUGCAUUUAUGUGAGCGCUAUGAGAGCGUGGUGUGUGUGAAUUUGAUGGACCCUCCUUGGUGAGAGGGAGAUCUUGUCAAGAGGGUGUUUUGUUUCCAACUUAUCCUCAUCUAUCUUCUGGUGAGAGCUUACAUUAAGGGAGGGCAACCUAUGUAGGAACUGGAUGCUAUCCUAGAAAGCACACUUGCACAAUGGGUUGGUGUGUUACCCUACUGUUGGAUUCUGUUGUUGGCAUGUGCUUUUGGGAAAAUAAGAUCAGAAAGAGGGUGGAAGGAACUUUAAUUCAGGCAGUUACAGGACUGGCGAAAUAUGGUGUGUGGGUGAGCAGGCAGUUACAAAGGAAGGACAGGGGUUAGGUGUCUACUUAUUAACCCUCACCCUUCCUGUGAUUCAGUUGUUCUGCCUCUGUAGUCAACAGUCUGGCUGCACUGCCAGGUUGGUUCACAACAAGUCCUUACGGAUCCAUAAUUGGAUACUGAAUGAGGGAGCCAACCUGGUGUGCGUUCCUGAGACCUGGGUGGAGUGAAUCUGGAGGAGGAGACAACAGAGCCUUCAACAACUCUGUGAGGUAAAAGCCCAAGGCCACCCAGUGAGCUUCAUGGCUGAGUGGAGAUUCAAACCCUGGUCUCCCGGAUCCUACUGUAACACUUUAACCACUCCAGCCACCCAUCAAAAUACUCUGAGGCCACCCAGCCUGGAAUGAAGAGAACCAUAGCAAGGCAUUCCACGAGUACCUGUAGGCUUGUCCACUAGCACGUCAUAGUGGCAUGCAAUGUUGCAAGGUUGUUGUCGCAUCAAAAAAGAAUCUCAUAGGCAGCACCUUUAUGACGAACCAUGUAUUGUGGCAUAAUCUUCUGUUGGCUUUGUCAGACUCAUGAUGUGUUAUCGUCUAGCGCUCAUGCGCACAUCGAAGGAUAAAAAAUGUAAACAGUAGGGUCAGAAGGCCAUGCAUUGGAGAGAGAGAUAGUCUGUGGCCUUUUUCACCAAAGCUCAAGUGUAUAAAAGAUAAGAAAAGUGACGAUCCACCACAGCAGAGGUAUUAGUUGUGAUCACAAUCUUCCUGGCUUUGCUAUGCUAAUUUAGAGAGCUGGGAUGGCAAAGAAUAAAUUCUAGUAAAAUUUUAAUAAAUUCUAGUUCAGCCAUUUGCUUCUGAGUGUUUUUGCAGGGGAACAAUAGCAGGAGAGGGCUGUUGACCUCCCUGUGAGCAGGGUUUUGCUCUAAUCUUCUGUAACAGCCAUCUAAGCUCUUGACCCAGUGGCACUCAGUGGCAAAGAAUCCUACACAAUGAAUACUCAAAGUGAAGAGUAUUUUGCCACCAAAGAAGCUACUGUCAGUGAAUCUCACGGGUAAUUCCAAUUUCUAAUAUUCCGAGAGAGGGAGAAGUGUUUCUAUCUAUCUGCUUCUCCACACACUGUGCACAAUUUUAGACACCUUUAUCACUUUUCCAUUUGGCUGUCUCCCUCCCCUAAACUAAAAAAGAAAAGAAAAGUCCUAUCUAGUAACUUGUCUGAGAUAUGUAAACAGCUGCCUCAUGUGGUGAGCCACAAAACUGCAGGUGGUACUUGGUGAAAUGUCCUCAGACCUGGGACUGACUUCACCCACCUAGUGUACCCCUCUUGACCAGAAGAGUGUACACUACAGUGUGGUGUAGUGGUUAAGAGCGGUAGUCUCGUAAUCUGGGGAACCGGGUUCGAGUCUCCGCUCCUCCACAUGCAGCUGCUGGGUGACCUUGGGCCAGUCACACUUCUCUGAAGUCUCUCAGCCCCACUCACCUCACAGCGUGUUUGUUGUGGGGGAGGAAGGGAAAGGAGAAUGUUAGCCGCUUUGAGACUCCUUAAAGGGAGUGAAAGGCGGGAUAUCAAAUCCAAACUCCUCUUCUUCUUCUUCUUCUUCCUGCUCUAGUUGGAUGUACUGUUCCAGUAGAAGGCGUUCCUCAAUUCUCGUUGUCUACAAUUUAGUUUUACUUACUUGGUUCUGAGUUGCUUCCUCACUUUCCUUCCUAGUUAUUAGGUAAGGUUUCUCCUCUUUCAUGGGAGGCUUUUACUGUAAAUUUCUCCCUCUAUCCACUGUCUUCACACUAUGCAUGGUUUUAGAAACCUCUAUCGAAGUAGAGUUCUCUCCCCCUCCCCCCCAAAAACCACCCUACCUGCUCGUAGCUAGCUUUGUGUCAGGAGCUGCCGGGAUCUGUGAACAGCUGAGAGCUUAAAUAUGUAUUUGUGCUUAAUGUUGGGUGGAGGUAUAUGGCUGCAGACCAGAUCCGGCCCAUGAAGCCCUUUCAGCUAACCUAACAGCCUCUUCCGUUUUCUUUCUUUUAAUGAUGAUAAAGCAACAACCCUGUAGACUGGUUUCCUUCCAAUUGCAGCACUCCAUUGGGCGUUUUCCAGGAUGGGGAUGAAAACUGAGACCGCCCUACUCCUCAGAUGAUCCUGUAGAUCACUGUGGUAUGUUGGCAAAGGGGAUGAAAGUAACUCUCUCCUUAGCUGAUCAAUGUGGAUCAGCUGAAGAGUGGAGGGAGCCUGUUUGGGGGUUGUAGAGGGAGGUCAUAAUCUUUGUGUGUCUGUGACAGUGCAUCAAGUGUGUGUUGUGCGUUAAGAGGUGUGUGUUGUAAAGUAUUGUGUAACUGCCUGGCCCUGCUCACUUUUGGAAUGCACCCGGCAAUAACUUUCCACUAAGGUAUUGUGACCCCCCCUCCACACUGAAAAACUUUCCCCACUCCUUAUUUUUAACAUAUUUAGCUGUCAGGAAGUACAGCCUUAAUCAGGACUGAGACUACAGUGUGUAGGGAUGGGGUUUAACUCAUUCGUUCUGCCAUGACCGUGAUGGAAACUGAUUGGCAGCUCUGGCAGCUAGGGUUAAUAGUAGCUUGGGAGACGGGUUUCAGAAGGGGGCUUUUAAAAACCCUCCUUGUGCUCUGCAGUACGGGGUUCCCCACCACACUUGGUGGAUGUUACAGUGCAACAAAAGCAGCAUAAAACAACAUUCUAUACUAGAAUCAACAUUCUAUACUAGAAUCAUCACUUAGGCACUCUUAUGGCAGCAUAUACCCACAAAAACACACCGUUGUGGAGGACCCCACAGUCUUCCAGCUUUCUGCAAGAGGCAAUUUAGAAAAAAAUUUCACUUCUUUUGUUGUUCAUAAUUUAUAACUUUUAUUUAGUGUGCAUCUCCCCCCAACAGGAUGCAUCGGCUUAACCAGGCAAUGUUUCCUGCAUGGCAGGAGUUUUAAAAUCCAGUUAAAUCUGUGCUGAGAGAGGAAUUAUUGCUUCAAUUGCUCGGCAAAUCUGAUUAAUGCCAUGUAAGAUUAUUUCUGGCACAGGAGGGAGUCAUGCUUGAUGCAAAGCAAUGCAAACAUUUGGCAAGAUAACUGGCCUCAUUUUAACAUGAUGUUUCGUCAGGGGGUCUCACACAGAAACAGUCAUUUACCUCAACUCAACCAUCAACGAAGAGAAAAGAGAAGGGGUGGGGGGGACCCACGGCCAGGAAAUACCAAAUGUGGCACUAAUGAAAGUGAUGUGAAAUUCUUUGAUCUUAGAGUCUGUGGACAUAACUCUGUGCAGCGCCAACAGAAAUAAGUAGUGACAUUUUGUGGGGAACAAUUGCUAGGUUAGCUUGUUGGGCUGGGUGGGAGACAUGCUAAUCUGUCAAAACCAAAACCAGUCUCCAUACGGAAAAGAACUCCCAAACCCACAGCUGGGCAGUAUCUAUAUUAGAACCAACCAAAAUGUCACGAAAUGCCAAGCACACUUUUGAGCUUUCCAAAAUUCUUCAUCAGGCUAGACAAAGAAGGGUGGGGAGUGAGCAAAAAGCAAACAAGCAAAAUUAGGUUGGCUCUUACUGUCGUACAACUUUAUACAGUACAGUCAAAUCUUCCUUCAAAGAAUCCUUUAUUAAGGGUACUGAGAGUUCUUAGGAGAUGCUUGUUCACCCCUGAGAGCUAAAAUUCCCAGUGGGAAGAGGGAUUGAUUGUUAAAACCACUCUGGGCAUUGUGAACAAUUCUCAGAGAAUAAUUCCCAGUGUCUUCAGCAAACUGCACGUCGCAGGAUUCUUCGGUGGAAGUCACGAGUAUUUAAAGUGGUAUGAUACUGCUUUAAAAGUAUAGUGCAGAUGGGGCUGAGGCGCUGCUGGAUUAGUCAGCCUACAAUCACCAUCUUGUCAGAAUCCAGUGUUGCUGGGAAUCACACAUGGGGAGAGAGCCUUUUAUACUUUGAGAAGAUGCUUCUGGAGCUCUGUGCAGUCUGCUUGGGUUUUCGCAGCGCAAAUCCACUCGCUUCCACAUAUUUUAUGCUCCUAUGAGGAGGGACACAUUUGGAGGAAAGAGUGGGCAAAGCUUACCAGAGCUGUUGCAGUUCAGGUCCUGUUUGUGACAUUCCCAUAGGCAUCUAGCUGGCCACUGUGAGACCAGGAUGCUGGACUAGAUGGGCUACUGGCCUGAUUCAGUGGCCAGGCUCUUCAGCUACAGGCACUCUCUUGUACCACACUGGAAAAGGGAUGAUUUGGUUCUAGCUUAUGAAGCAGUGAGUAGGGGCACACAACACAACCAAAUAUCACCUUGCUCAUACAGUAAUAAUAAUAAUAAUAAUAAUUUAUUAUUUGUACCCUGCCCAUCUGGCUGGGUUUCCCCAGCCACUCUGGGCAGCUUCCAGCAGAGACCAAAAAUACACUAAAAUGCCACACAUUAAAAAAUUCCCUGAACAGGGCUGCCUUCAGAUGUCUUCUGAAUGUCAAGUAGUUGUUUAUCUCUUUGACAUCUGAUGGGAGGGCGUUCCACAGGGCGGGCGCCACUACCGAGAAGGCCCUCUGCCUGGUUCCCUGUAGCUUUGCUUCUCGCAAUGAGGGAGCCACCAGAAGGCCCUCGGUGCUGGACCUCAGCGUCCGGGCAGAACGAUGGGGGUGGAGACGCUCCUUCAGGUAUACUGGGCCGAGUAAACUCGCUAGAUAGCCAUAGGCAAGUCAGCUUCUCACACUGCUCAAUCUCCUUUUGCAACCCGGGGGUAAUUAUGCCAACCUUACAGGGUGGAUGUAAGGAUAAUAGGAGAAUUAUGUGAAACUCCUUGACCUUUCUAUAGUGCUGUAGAGGCACGGAGAAUUACUAUUAGCACCAAACAUGCUAAUUGUGCUAUUUUAAGGCAAAACAUGCGCCACUACUUUCUGUAUGAAUUUUCUGCCUCAUCUUUGACAUCAACUCAUCUCACAUUUGUGAAAAAGUGCCAGGUGCCAUACCACAUUAGAAGGAACAAUAAAUCAGAAAGUGACACACACAUUUGUUUGCAUAAACCUGUUUUCAAGCGGUAUUGAUGUGAAUCUAAAAUUAAAUUUUGCUGGUCAGCACUCAACCUACUGUUAUGAACUUGUACUGACAGUGUAACAGGUAUUAUUUGGAAUUGUCACACACACACACACAUUUUACUGUUAUAAUCAUGGUUUUAUAUGAGUAACCCUGUAUUCUGACCUGGGACCUUUUGGUGAAUGGUGGGAUAUAUUCAUACAUUCACACACACUAGAUAUACACCAUAAAGUUGGGUUGUUCUAAAGCAGGCGCCAGGCGUGGUCAGAAGGCAGAUCAGGAUCUACUUGCAGACUAAGAGUUCUUCCAUAUGCCCUUUUUAUUGCAUAUUCAUUAUGGUUUGCCAUAUACUUUCCCAUUUCCACAGUGGUCACACUGCUUCAUUUCCAGCCAGUGCAUAUCCCCUAACUUUCUACUGAAAUCCCAUAAUUUUUUAUACCAGAAAUGUUCCGCUUUAUUUUUGUUUCGCUUUUGUUGCACUAUAUAACCCCUCUGAACAUCAGCAGCGAGAUUGGACUGAGAAGCAUCGCAGAACACACAAAGUAGAACAAAUCACCACCUGCGCAGUAUUAAUUGUGUCCAGAACAUUGUUGUCAACGAAGCACCAGCUUGAAGGGGCCCUGUGUGGUAAUUUGCAAUAUAUUGACAAAUAUUUUUUGCUCCCAGUUUUUCAGGCAACAGGAACUGCAAAAUUAGUUCCCCUCCGUUAAGUAGGCAGCGAGAAUCCCUGGUACAUACUAGUGGAAAGACCUAGAUCUAUUAGACUUAAGUUAGAGCAGGGGAGAUUUGGGUUGCUCAUUAGGGAGGCUUCUUGAUAGUACAGUUUGAUGAUGGAAGGAGUGGGCACACUGUCCAUCACGACGUCUGAGCAGGUGUUUGUAGGGGAUGACGUAUCUGUGGGCAUUCCAUCAACCUAAACCUAUACUAAGAGGUAGUGUUCAGGCCGAAUGUUACAGUGUAGACAUGUGUAAUGUCCAACUGGCUACGUCUUCAAAGCAACCUCAGGAGGGGCAAAUGUGCAGUGGUGAUAGGAUAUGAGAGGGUGCUUAACCCUCUCCCCCAACUUUCUCCCUUUAAACUCUCCUCUUCCAACUGAUUUCACCAUCACUGGGUAAAAUCAGAUGGAAGCCGCAUGUAACAUUAACCCAGCUCCAAAGAUCCCUUGAGAGGGGUUGAUUUGCAACAGAGAAUCAGCAGAGGGGUGGCUUUACCCUUUACCUACCUCCUGUUUUCUCCCCAAAGCCCUCCUGGAGGUGGACAUAUUUGUCAAUUUGUGUUUCUCUCAUUUCCUCAUUCUUCUAGUCUUAAGUCUGCAUCUGUCUGCAUUUUUUUUUAGUCCUCAUGAAAAUUUCCAAGCAUUUUAGUGCCAGUUUCUCCCAAUACGCGCAUUUUUGUAUGCUGUUUCGCCUGAUUUAUGCAAGUGAAUAGAAUGCCUUUUAUUUAUUAUUUUCACUAAUACACACAUUUCAUGCACACUCCCCCAAAAUACGGACUUUUUUGUACACAGUAUUUGGUUAAUGAACUGCACCACAGUAUGAAUUUUGAAGGAUACCUAUUUCAGCUUGCACAUUGUUGUGGAAUGUGCAAAACAGGUAGGUUCACAUUAAAAUCCCAGCCAAACUAAAUUUCUCUUCCAUCCCUAACAUCUCUCGUCUGCUCCACCUGCAAGCAGAUUCUCUGCUUGAAACCAGCCCAUUUCAAGGAUGCUUUUUGCGGCAGAGCAGCAGCUGUUGUGUUAACUUUAUACGUGGCUCUGGUAUAAUCUGUAGUUUGGGUCUCAGAAUACCCACUCUGGGAGACAGGAAACCUGGCUAGGCAUUAGCUGUGCUCAGAAAUCACACCACUGUCAGAGGAGUUUAAAUAGAGAACCAGCUGAGAUCUCUUGAGAAUUAUCUGCAUUCCCUGGUAGUAGUUGUUGACACCCACUUUCCUGUCAUACCCAAACUCGAGAGACGGUAGUUGUGCUCAUUAACCACCAGUCCGCCAUCCUUACUCAGCGAUGACAGUAUUAUCCCUGCAGAAGGGGAGGACUCAGCAAUGAUAAAUGUGCUUUCUUGCUAGUCCCCCCACAAGAGCAAUUAAAAGUGUUACUAUCCCAGAUGGAGUAUUUUAUUUAAGUAACAUGCCUGCCUUCAUUAAUAAAGUGAGGUGCUCCAGAGCUGGACAUCUUUUUCCCUGCUGGUAAGAGGAGUCAAAAAGCAGCUAAAAAGAACGGCGUAAAUAUAUUGUAAGACGCACCUUACUGUCUGCUUCUGUGUCCAGGGGCUUUCUAGUGAAAGGUUCCGAAGCUGCUCGCCUGAUUUGUACAGUGGCGUUGUUUCAAAGCUCAUAAAAAUCAGGCAAUAUUUAUUUAUUCCAACAAUAUAUACACCACUUACAAUAUUCUCUCAGCAGUGCACAAGAAACUCAAUACAAUGCAAAUAAAAAUGAGUUAAACACCAGAAUUCAGUAGACGCUGGAAGCUCAACAGGGAGAGGGCCUGUCUGACUUCAAACAGAAGGGAAUUCUAUAAAAUUCGGCCCACAAUGCUGAAUGCACCAUUCCUACUGGUUACAAGCCAUACAUCUAAGCCAUGGGGACCACUACUAUAACUGUGACUCCUCCUAAGACCUCAGUGAUCAGGCAGUGAUGUAAGGGAUCAAGAGGUCCUUGGGCAAUACAGUGGAUGCUUGGGUUGUGAAUGUGAUCCGUGCGGGAUGCAUGUUUUCAACCCACAGCGUUCGCAACCCGUGUCUGCACAUGCGCUGGUUGCGAUUCAGAGCUUCUGCACAUGCGCAAAGCGCAAUUUAGUGCUUGUGCACAUGUGCGACCGCCAAAACCCAGAAGUAACCCGUUCCAGUACUUCCGGGUUUCGGUGAUCCGCAACCCGAAAAAACACAACCUGAAGCGGCUGUAACUCGAGGUAUGACCGUAAUUGUUCAAUUUAUUAAAAAGUGCUUAUGCGUCUUGUAACCCUAAGGUCUUCCAUAUUAAUUCUCCAUGGCCUGGCAUGGGACUGGCUAGCCUCUUUGUGACAUCAAAAAAGCGACAGAAGAGGUGGUUGUGUCACCUCUGGUUGGCCAGACUCGGUGGUCUGGUUCGCAUGUCAUGGUAAGCCAAACUACUGCCUAUCGGGUCUGCACAUGCAGGCUGCUGAAGAGGAGCUUGCAGCCACUGUGUUCCCUCGCCAUUUUUAUUUCUGUGAUGCUCUGAACUCAGCCAAGUUUAGCAGGUCGACUGAACCUGAGUUUGCAGUUAAGUCACCUCCUCUCUAACCAUGAGCUGUAACCAAGGUUUGACAAGCUAGGAGGGAGUUGAAACAUGAUAAUGCCUUUGGUGAAUCUGCGAGGAGACCAUAUAUAGUGCAGGUCCACACCAUCUCAAAAACUGAUAUUGUAGAUCAGUUGGGUGGUAUCCCAAAAAUUAGCAUUUUCUGCUGCUGCCCCCUGCACUCUGGAAUGCCCUUCCUUCCGCUGCAUGCGAAGCAGAAACCAGCUGUUUCAGGCAUCUUGUGAAAACACUUUUUUUUUUACCCAGGCUUUCCCUGACUCAUAAGAUAGGAUGCUAUUAUUCAUCAAUUCCUGUUUGGGGACACUUCCAGGCUGUCACGAUUUCAGCUGGGAUUCAAUCAUAUACUGGCAAAUUCAAGUUGCACGGCUAAAGCUGGUUUGGAGCUCUUGCACAACAAACCUACUUCCCCAAAUGAUCAGACUUCUUAUGAUAAGGAAAGUGAUAGGAAACAUGCAGUGGUACAUGUGGGAUAACACUUGUUUUGGUGCAGGAUUGUUUAGCCUCCCCAAAAUCAAUUCUGAGUGAAUGUUCCUUAAAAUGUUGACAUCAUCUAAUCUCCCUGCAAACAAAUUAGGACAAAUGCUCAAGAAGCAGGCUGUCUGUUUUUAUACAUUUCUAUUUGUUUUUAUGUUGCAUUUCAGUACACUGCUUUGAACGGGGUGGGGGUGUGUGUGUGUACUGUUUGGUCUCCCCAUGCUUCCCUCUUAAGCCUCAGAUCUCAGAGGCUGUGAGUUUCCACCUUUCACCUUCAAAUUCCCAAUCUUGGAGACUUAAAGGGGGAGCAGGCAGAGACUCGCAAAACCUUUUCCAAGUCUCCUUGUGCUUCCCUUUUAAGCCUCUGAGAUUGCGGGCUUAAAGGUGGAGGGGGCAGGGCCUUUUUUCAGCUGGAGCUCCAGCACCUCUCAGGUGGGCACCAUUGCCAUUCUAAGAGAACAAGGGAGAAGCUCAUGGAGAGCUCUGGCAGCCAGUGUGGUGUAGUGGUUAAGAGCGGUAGACUCAUAAUCUGGUGAAUCGGGUUUGCUUCCCCGCUCCUCCACAUGCAGCUGCUGGGUGACCUUGAGCUAUUCACACUUCUCUGAAGUCUCUCAGCCUCACUCACCUCACAGAGUGUGUGUUUGUUGUUGGGGAGGAAGGAAAAGGAGAUAGCCGCUUUGAGACUCCUUAGGGUAGUGAUAAAGCGGGAUAUCAAAUCCAAACUCUUCUUCUUCUUCUUCUAGAAAAAUAGCACUGAGGGGGAGACUUGCAAAGGGCUCAGCUUUCCCCUUCUCUCUUUAAGUCUCCAGUCUUGGAGACUCCAACCUUGGAGACUUAAAGCGGAGUAGAAGGAGACUCACAAAGCCUGCAAUUGAUUUUCCCCAUGGGUUAACAUCCCUUCAUAAAAAAAAAGGAUUCCCCAUCCCUGAGCUAUGGAAUUUUAGCCUUAGUUUUGGGGGGUGGGGUAGGAAAUGCAGCUAAAGGAAGACAUUUCAGAGGCAUAUAAAAUCAUGCAUGAUGUGGGGAAGUAGGGUAAGAGAGCUUCUGCUCCAACUCCCCAAGCCCCAUGCGAAUGGAGGAUGAUUACGGGAGUUUGAGUCUAGCAACAUCCGGAAAACACUACAUUGGCUCUGCCUGCUUUAUAUUGUUCUGUUCACUUCUUAUAUUCUUUGCUUCAAUUGGCUUUUUGCAGCUGCAUCUCUAUCUAGGUUUGCCAAGCAGAAACACACACACACACACACACACACACACACACACACACUGCAAAUCUAAAAAAAAAAAAUUUGCCCUUCACAGUAAUUUACAUUUUGUUCCUUUGCCACAUACAGAUUGUUUUGUGGGGGGAUGAUUUUUUUUUUGCAACAUUUUACUUUGCAACUAUGGAUAUUUGUCAUAUGGUUAUCUCAGUUGCUUUUGUGGUUUGACAUUAAGGCAGCUUCCUAUUGCUCUGGGAUGCUCUGAGAAUGGAGGCUUGCAACACCACCUAGCUGGUUUGCAAAAUUAAUUCCAAUUUCCCAUCAAAUUUCAAAAGAUGCAUAGGGCCUUUCCACAAAGAAAUCAAACAUGUUUCCCCAGCCAUUUGUUAUUAUUCUGUUAGUGUGAAUAACUCCUGAUGUGCUUCUCCUGACUACUAUACACUAUCCAACUGCUCUGCCAUGAUGCUCACACAAACCAUAUUCCACACAGCAUGACCCAAGAGUGGUGGAUGGAGUCAUCUGGGGACCCUGUGGGCUUGACUUGCAUUUCAGGUACCUGCAACUACGACUGCUCUGUGUGUGUGUCUUCCCUUGCGAUUGAUCCAGAAGCUGUGCAGAAUGCUGUGCCCAGUUUGUGGAGUGGAGCUCCUGGAAGCACACAUAUUACACCUGUGCUGGGGGAACUUCAGUGGCUGCCAAUCAGCUACUGGGCUGUGCUCAAGGUCUUGCUGUCUAACAUAUGAAGCCUUGGACAUCUUGGGGACCGGUUUACCUGAAGGACCGCUUAUUUCUGUAUAGGCCUUUAAGAUCACUUAGAUCAGUUGGGGAAAUUCUACUUGUGGUACCCCACCGGGCAGAACAUCAUAGGGAGGUGAGCCCAAAGCAGGCAUUUUCUAUUUUUACCAUUGUACUGUGGAAUGCGCUUCCCUCUGCCAUAAGUGAAGUGGCAACCAUCACUUGCUUCAGAAAUCUUUUGAAGACUUUGCUUUCUACCCAGGGUUUUCCUGACCCAUGAAGCUGGACCCCAUUUUAUGUCAUUGAAACCUCUGAAAUUUAGUUUUAUAUGCUUUUGUGUGUUUAAAUAUUGCUGUUUUCCUGGGUUCUGGUUGCAUUUUUGUUUUAAUGUUUUGAAUAUAUAUGUUUGUUUUUAGACUUACAGCUGUGUUCGUCUGCCGCAGUUGAAACAAAAUAAAAAAAUUCCUUCCAAUAGCACCUUAGAGACCAACUAAAGUUUGUCAUUGGUAUGAGCUUUUGUGUGCAUGCACACUUUUGUGUGCAUGUAUCUGAAGAAGUGUGCAUGCACACGAAAGCUCAUACCAAUGGCAAACUAAGUUGGUCUCUAAGGUGCUACUGGAAGGAAUUUUUUUAUUUUGUUUUUAAUCUGUACAUCAUCACUGUGUCAUCCAAACCCUAAACCAGGGGUCAACAAGUUUUUUCAGCAGGGGGCUGGUCCACUGUCCCUCAGACCUUGUGGGGGGCUGGACUAUAUUUUCUUUUGGGGGGGGAGGAAGAUGCAAGAGCCCCACGAGCCCCAGUGGCUGCUUACCUGUGUCUUGUAAGCGGCAGGGGCUGGUGGCAGCGGCGGCAGAGGGACGAUGCGAAAGGGCUCCGGAGAGGGGCUGCUUAAAAUGGCGGCCACUCAAGCGCUGCUGCUGCUAACACCAACAAAGCCCAGCCCCCUUCCUCCUCUAGGCAGGGCGGGGAGAAGCCAGGAGGAGGGAGGGAGGAGGCGCUGGCACUGGCACCAUCUGAGGGAGCGGGAAAGAAGGCGCACGCUGGCAAUCCAUGCAGCGAUUCCCUGACCGUCCAUGGGCCAGAUCCAGAAGGCAAUUGGGCCUGAUCCAGUUUGCUGACCCAUGCCCUAAACUGUGGUUAAUGUUAAAGGUGCUUUGUUUAAACAUGGCAGCUCCAUAAGAGAUGGUUUAAAGUUGAGUUGUUUCAAACAAAACACAGUUAACAUUUACCAGAGUUUGUUGGGUUUGGACAACACAAGAAGCUGCAGUAAACUAAACUGGAAACAUAAUCUACCCAGCUCUCCCUUGUGGCUGCAUUGGAGUUGUGUGUGGGAUGCUCAAGCCUGAGGUUCACUGUAGCUCAUUGUUGUCACACUAAACUAUGGUUUAGCAAGAUGUCCACACUGGGACACAGUGCAGACAGGAAAAAGCUGGCUGUACCAAUGCUCUGAUUCAGUAAAGGCAACUUCAUAUGUAAGGUUAGAGCCCCUGGUGUGAGACAGAUGAUGAAAAUUACAUCAUUUAAUUGCAUUUGCCAAACUUUAUAUUACAAUACAAACACAUAGUCAUAUCCUGCUCUUGCAUGGGGCUCUCAGGGACUGAUCAGAUCCAUUACCCUUAUAUCCAGCAAUGCAUCCAAAACUAUUUCACACGUCUUAUAUCCCGAGGUGAGAAAAGAUUGACAUAGAUUUCAAAUGGUUCCAUAUGAAAAUGACACUUUCUAACAUUUCCUAAACACAUUUUGCUUUCUCAAAUCUCGCAAGAUAUCACACAUACGGAAACAAGUUAUGGUACAGUGUAAAGAAGGGUGGAUUUUUCUUUUCUUAAUUUUUUUUUUAAUGGGGACAAUAGUCAAAUGCUCUUACUAUUUUCUCCUAACAGCUUGUUUUGGUUUCUGUGUGGGUGGCUCAUGUGAGCCAAAAUGUUAUGGGGUAAAUGUUUUGUGAGUGGAGAACAGAUUGUCCUUUACAAGCUGAAAUUUGAAAAAUUUGCAUUUUAACUAUAUUGUCAAGGGUAAAAAAAAAUAACAGUGGCUACUUCUUAACCUGCUGACAUAUAGUAGCUGUUCCUCAUACGAGGACUGAAACUCAAAAGGAGAAUAACAAUUAUAUAAACUAGAGCUAGUCGCUAGUUUUUCAAACUUAGAAGUACAGUCUACAAUAUUCAGCCUGUGAGUUAUCAUUGUCCCCGCUACUUAGAUCCCAACUCACACAUUACAAAGAGAAAAGGUUGAGGUUUGCAUGAUGCGCUCAACAACAUAGUAGGUUCCAGACUGGGUUACUGAAAUGUGUUCUACAUGGAGCUGCCCUUGAAGAUGACAAGAUGACUUGGAAGCUUCAAAAUGCAGCAGCCAGAUUUCUGGUUGAGGUUCCAUUUCAAGCUCAUAUCCCUCUGUUUUAAAACAGCUGUACAGGUUGCCAGUUGGUUUCUAGGUCUAAUUCAAGGUGCUCAAAUAGGCCUCAAAUAUCUGAAAGGCCGCCUCUUUCACUACAGGUUUUCUUGGGUGCUAAGAUCAGCAGAAGGGGCCUUCUUGGUUGUCCACCACGCUCAGAAGCUAUGGGUAGCAGCAGCUCAGGAGAGGGCAGCCCCUAAGUUGUAGAACUCCCUUCUCAGAGAGGUGCAUCUGGAACCUUUGCUAUACUGUUUUCAUUUUAUGCUCUUUUCCCUGGUCAUUGAGAGGUAUACUUUGGGGGUUCACCCUGUUCUUGUGAAGUAAUUUAAGAGUUCUAAACUAUUUUUUCAAUGUUGUAUUUUAAAUUGACAGCAGUCAUGAAAUUAAAAGACGCCUGCUUCUUGGGAGGAAAGCAAUGACAAACCUAGACAGCAUCUUAAAAAGCAGAGACAUCACCUUGCCAACAAAGGUCCGUAUAGUUAAAGCUAUGGUUUUCCCAGUAGUGAUGUAUGGAAGUGAGAGCUGGACCACAAAGAAGGCUGAUCGCCAAAGAAUUGAUGCUUUUGAAUUAUGGUGUUGGAGGAGACUCUUGAGAGUCCCAUGGACUGCAAGAAGAUCAAACCUAUCCAUUCUGAAGGAAAUUAGCC